UAUGUUUUCUUCUGGUUCUAGCGCGGACGUCUAGUUUUUGGCAGCAGCCACAGUGAGGCGCAACCAGGAGCUACAGCGUCUGGAGACGAGGAGAGAGCCGGCGGCCCUUUGGCUGAGCUUAUCUGGAUUUUGGGCGAAAGAAGCGUCUAUUUUAAAAUGACCAGAGGAAACCAACGUGAGCUUGCACGCCAGAAGCAUGCCAAAAAGCAGAACGAGCAUGGAAAAGGGAAGCGUAAUGAAGAUGGUCUUUCUGCUGCUGCACGGAAACAGAGGGAUGCUGAAAUAAUGCAACAGAAGCAGAAAAAAUCAGAUGGAGGAGAAAAUGGAGGAGAAAAAAGCAGCACUAAGUCCAAGUAAACAAAGUCCAAGAUGAAUUUUCUUUGCUGUUCCGAGAACUCCCGUGUUCAGCAUUCUUCCUGGUGUUUAUAAGAAUGGAUCUGUCAUUUUUGUCUAGACUCAAGAAUCUGGGAGCCAACUUUCUUCCCUGUGGCAAACGGCAUAGUUUUUUUGAUUUUGGAUCUGUUGAUUUUCAUGGUUAAAUUAUGUCCAAGUACCCACGUUGAUGCUGCAUGCAUCAAGAAGCAUCAGUGGUGUAGGCCGGAUGAAGUUAAAAAUCACGAUGCAAAACAUGUAACAUUUGUGUAUUUUUGUACAAAAGUGUCCCUUUGCUGGUUUCAAAUAAAACUGUAUCUUUUUAGUUCAUGCCGUCAGUUAUUCUGAAGGUUUGUGGCUGGAGUUUGUGCAGCAUUUUCAGCUGAGUUCUUAGUUAUUAAAACUGUGUGUGUACCUUGAACAAUAA